CUCUUCAUUACCCUCUCCUCUCCCCUCCUCUCUCUCUUCUUCUCUCCCUUCCCCAACACCUUGGAUUGGACCCGGAAGCCGCCCCAAGACCCUUGCUCCCCAUUCUGUGUCCCGCGUCACAUCUUCGGCCCUUCUUUUUCUGGCCCUCAGGACAAGCAGGCGGACCUGCGCAUCCACGGCUACGUGGACGAGGUCAUCACGAAGCUCAUGAAGCUCCUCGGGCUGGAGAUCCCGGAGUGGACGGGGCCUCUGGUGGUGGAGAGCGCGGAGCCGCAGGAGCCCAAACCCCUCGCCAAGGCUGGCACGGACUUGCCGUUCCUGAGCAAGGAGGAGCCGCCGCCCUGCUGGAACGGCGUGCGGGAAGCCCUGGGACACGCGGCGGGGCUGAAACAGGAACCCUGCCUGCUGGAUGGCGGCUCGGUCCCAGUGAAGCGGCCGAAGCUGGAGCCGCUGCCCACUUGACGGGCGCCGUCCCCGCGUGGCUGCUGCCCGGGAUCCCUCCGAAAACCAGCGUUGGCCUUGGGCGUUUCUACCUGACUUUUUUUUUUUUUUUUUUUGGAGAAUGGUCUUCCUCCGGGUUCUGUGUGCGAUUUUCGUCUUUCCCUGAAAUGUCGAAGCCCAGAUUUUCUGUCUCUGGAAGAAGGCUAGUCAGUUAGCCGCCUUUCCAUGGGACAGGCCAGGAAACAAGGCUUGUGCCCUCUUUUUAUGCCUCUUGGGUGCUAUUGAGGGACGGGGGUCCCUUCCCUUCUCCAUCUUCCUCCCCUCCUCUUCUCUUCCCUCUCUC